AUGAAUGCCAGUGCGCGAUUCAUCUUCUGCGCACCUAAACACUGUCAUAUUACGCCGCUCCUUAAACAACUUCACUGAUUGCUUAUCCGCCUAUGUAUCGAAAUUAAAAUCCUUUUGAUCACCUUUAAAGUACUCCAGGGCUCAGCUCCUAAAUAUCUCAUUGAUUCAAUUUCUGUUUUACCGCCAUCCCGUUAUGAUUUGCGGCGAAAUAACAAGGGAAUUCUUCUGAGCACCCCAAAGCGUUUCACAAAAGUUACCAUAGGGGAUCGAUCCUUCAUGGCGGCAGCGCUACGGCUUUGGAACAGUCUU